AGAAGAACAGUUCUUCAUAAAUAGGUACCUUCCAGACUUUCACAAUGUGGACAUCCCCGAUGUUUGGAUUGGCUUAUCAGAUAUGUACCUUGACGGGCAUUUCAAGUGGGUGGAUAAAAGUGACAUAGAGUUUUCCAACUACGGUCCUGGUUGGCCCAGAGACACUGCAAACCUGUGGGACUGUGGACAGAUCUUCACAGGGAAUUAUGCUGGAAAAUGGGAAACGACCAACUGCUUCAAGAGCCUGGGUUACAUUUGUGAGAUGACAGGUGGACAGAACCCCAAACCACCUCCGGUUCCUGAAUUCCACUGUGACGGUGGAUAUUUGCUGUAUGGAAACUUCUGCUAUGCUUUUGAGACUGAGACUAUGAAGAACUGGCAUGACGCUGAGACCCACUGUGCCCAAGAGCAGGGUCACCUGGCCAGCCUCCACUCACAGGAGGAGCUCAGCUUCCUGACCGCUCACAUGCCAGCUGAAGCCUGGGUGGGUCUGAACGACAUCCAGGUGGAAGACCAGUUUGUGUACACCGACGGAACGCCUGCCGACUUCCUCCCCUGGGGACAAAACCAGCCUGACAACUGGCAGGAUAAUGAGGACUGCGUUCACCUCCGAGGGAUGAACCACCCAGACCCCGGAAAACUCAACGACGAUUUCUGCACAACCACCAGGGAUUUCAUCUGCAAAAAAGCUAAGGGACAAGGACCUCCUCCCCAGCCCCCCACAUCUGGACCAGGGUGGAAUGAGAAAUGCGGUUCUUGGACUCCAGAUCCAUUUAAUGACUUCUGCUACCUGUUUAACUACCUGUCCAUGAGGACGUGGGCCGAGGCUCGAGCCGACUGCGUCAACCAGGGGGGAGACCUCAUCAGUAUCACUGACCCCUUUGAGCAGGCCUUCAUUCAAGGUCUCAUCCAACAGAGUCCCACGGGGAUCUCACUGUGGAUGGGGGGUCACGACUCCGUGACUGAAGGAGGCUGGGAGUGGACGGACGGCUCCCCCUUCAGAUACAUCCGCUGGAACGCAGGGAACCCAGACAACUACAACGGCGAGGACUGUCUGUCUAUACUCAUCAACAGUGGCUUCUGGAAUGACGACAACUGUAACGCCAAAAGAGGAUACAUCUGCAAACGGAGAGGAAACACACCUGAACCUCCCCCACCUCAUGAUGGUUUUGAGACGGCUGUGGUGUGUCAGGAUUCGUCUGCGGUUCUUCACUGUCCAGAGGAGAGUGUCAUCAACAUCCAGUCUGCUUUCUACGGACGAAGGGACGCCGACAUCUGUCCUCACCUGGGGGAAUCAGGAGGGAGCUGCACCGUGGAUGGGGUACUUCCUUAUUACAGAAAACACUGCGACAACCGCCCCUACUGCUUCGCAUACGCCCACGCUGACCCGGACCCCUGCCCCACUGUUUCCAAAUACCUAGAGAUCACCUACAGCUGCGAACAGAAAGUCUGCCUGCACGGCCUCGGCGUUGAGGACUUGAACAUCACAGACUCCCAGCUGUCGGCCUCCUCCUCUGUGGGUUUCUUUACUCCCAACGAAGCCCGCUUGAACGGGGACUCCUGUUGGAUGCCUUCAGGGAACCCCACAUCAAGUUGGAUUCAAGUCAAUUUGGGCCAGAAAAGGAAAGUAACUGGGAUCGUGAUCCAGGGCUGUCCCAACAACGACCACUGGGUCACCAAGUUUAAAGUCCAGCACAGUCUGGACGGAACCACGUGGACCGACUACACGGCUGAUGGAGAGUUUUUUCCAGGUUCAACAGACAGAAACACCCCUGACAUUCAGCUGCUGGGAACACCGGUGUCCACCCAGUUCGUCCGCAUCCUCCCACUGGAGUUCAGUGGACAGGCAGGCCUUCGCUUCGACGUUUUAGGAUGCAGUCCUGACUAUGCAGUUACAUGUGCGCACAAGCCCAACUUCAACUUUGCCAACGAUCAAAUGACUGUCCACUGUCCAGCAGGCUGUGCCCAAGAGACUUACACAGUUUAUGGAAGCACAGUGUAUCGUGGGGACUCAAACAUCUGCGCUGCUGCUAUCCAUGCUGGCGUGGUUCUAAAUGAACUUGGCGGAGACUGCACUUUGUUGAAAGCUCCGGGACAAAACUUCUAUUCCGGGUCCACCAGGAACGGCAUCACCACCAGACAGUAUAAUGGAAACUAUGCUGUAUCUUACACCUUUGCAGAUGGAGAGCUGAGGUGUCCAGGCCUCGACUGGUAUGAGUUUGGAGACUUUUGCUACAAACCUUUUGGGGACAAAAAGACGUGGCACGAUGCCCAGGAAUCUUGCAGGAAAGUGGGUGCUGAGCUUGUAUCCAUCCUGUCCAUGAAGGAGCAGAGCUGGUUGGAAAGCUACCUGUACAUGGCUACCAGUGACGUGUGGACUGGUCUGAAUGACCUGAUCGUACCCGGUAUGUUCGCCUGGUCUGAUGAACACAUGGUCACUUUCACCUACUGGGCUCCAGGAGAACCCAACAAUCACGACGGCUUCAACGAGGACUGUGUUGAGAUGUUACAUCAGACUGGCCGAUGGAAUGACGUGACUUGUACAGAACAUAAUACUUACAUAUGCAAACAGCCUAAAGCGCAUUACCCACUGCCCUCUGUCAAACCCACUCAGUAUGGAUGCCCUCAGGGCUGGGAUGCAUACGCAUACGCCUGCUACUGGAUGGAGGAGAGCGCUAGAACCUGGUCUGAGGCAAAGGCCUUCUGUGACCAGCAGGACAGCUUCAUGCUGCACAUUGGAGACAUUUAUGAGCAGUCCCACUUCACUGUGACGCUGUCAGGUAAGACUGGUUUGUGGUGGAUUGGACUCAGAGCUCGAGGAGGUGCAACUGGAGGGGUGGACUACAUCUGGGACAACGGCGCCCCUCUGACCUUCACCCACUGGGACAGAAACCAGCCAGAUAACGGGGAUGGGACUUGUGUAGCCAUGACAACAGGUCAGAUUGGAGGUUUCUGGGAUGACAAGCAGUGUUCAGAGAAGUUUUCCUUCAUCUGUGAGAAACCCAGGCCUGACAUCACCCCGCCCACCAAGGCCCCGACCCCCCCUCCUGCACAGGGCUGUGCGACUGGCUGGUCGGCUAAGCCCCAUUUCAGGAACUGUUACAAGCUCUUCCACAACGUAGACUGGUCCCAGAAGAAGAGUUGGGAGGCAGCUUAUGAAGACUGUAUUUCCAGGGGGGCUAAUCUGGUUAGCAUCCAUAAUCAGGAGGAGGAGGACUUCCUGGCUGAGUACAGCAAAGCCACCAGCAAGUGGAUCGGCCUCAAACACAACCCCACAGAAGGAGGCUUCUCUUGGAGUGACGGCACACCUCUGUCCCACACCAACUGGGGUCACGGGGAGCCCAACAACCACGAAGGCAGAGAGGACUGUGUGGAGAUGGUGAGCAGCACCAACGGGACCCACUCCUGGUGGAACGACCUGAACUGUGACGCUCACCAAGACUGGAUCUGCAUGAUCGCCAAGGGAAAGAACCCCAUCUUACCCCCAGUGCCUCCACCCCCUGUUCCAGCUCCUGACUGUGGCUCCAACCCCGGCUGGAGGAAGAACAGCGACAUGUGCUACUACUACAACGACACUGACGUGGUGGACUUCCACACGGCCAUGGUUCGCUGCUAUGAUGAGAAGGCCACGCUGGUUACCAUCCACAGCAAAGACGAACAGGCAUACGUUAACAGCAUGGUGGGGACUGGAGAAGUUGCUUCAGCUUGGAUAGGAAUGAUGAUGUUUGGUAUUGCAAGUGGACAAUAUGAGUGGGUGGACAUGUCUCCUGUGACGUACACCCACUGGGGUCCAGGUGAACCCAACAACGCCAACGGGGAGGAGCAGUGUGUCCAGAUGAACAGACAUCAGGGUGGAUGGAACGAUGCCAACUGUGGUCGGACUGCAGGUUACGUCUGUAAGAAGCCCCCCGGUGACCACCCCAUCACCCCCCCUCCACCCACACAGCCCUGGGAGGGGCACUGCCCUGCAGGUUGGAUGCGCUUCAAGGACAAAUGUUUCAUGUUCAAAGGGAAGAAAAAUGACCUUAAAUUGAACUGGACGUCUGCUCGGGACUGGUGCAGGGAACAGGGAGGAGAUUUGGCCGUCAUCGAUAACCAGUAUGAGAACGACUUUGUGUCCAGUUACCUGAAGGACCUGGAGCUCCCCACGUGGAUCGGACUGUCAGACCUGUUACUAGAGAAUCAGUACGCCUGGAGUGACGGCGUCAGCCCGGUCAAAUACACCAACUGGAACGAAAAGGAGCCCAACAACGCCGGAGGAGCGGAACACUGUGUUGCAAUGACUCACAACCACCUGGUGAGCGGCAGGUGGAAUGACGACGCCUGUCCCAAGAACCAAAGCUUUGUCUGCUCCAGGAAGAAAUCGAGCAGCAUCAAACCCCCUCCGCCGACCAAAACCAACUGUCCGUCCGGCUACGUGUCCUGGUACCAGAACUGCUACAGGCUGGUCAACGAGCUGGCCACCUGGGACGCAGCCGAGGCCGCCUGCCGGAAACAGAAGGCCCACCUGGCCAGCAUCGACCAGAGCUACGACCAGGCCUUCGUAGCCGGAGUGGUCCUGCAGGGAGGACCGGACGCCUGGAUCGGACUCAGGCGCAAGGAGGACAGCUCCUACUACUGGACAGACGGCUGGCCGGUCUUCUUUACCCAGUGGGGUCCAGGGGAGCCCAGUAACCAUAAGGAUGAGGGCUGUGUGAGCAUGCACGGCUCACGCAUGUUCCACGGAACCUGGAAUGACACCAAGUGUGAUGACCCCAAACCCUACAUCUGCAAAUACACCAAAGAGAAGCCCCCUCCCACUCCGGCCCCUGGCGAUGGGAUGUGCAUGCCUUUCUUCGUGCCUUACGGCCGCUACUGUUACACCGUCUACAACGAACUGAAGGGAUACUCUUGGUCCGACGCCAGACUGGUCUGUCAGUCGUUCAGGGCGGAGCUGGCGUCCGUCCACAGCCGAGCCGAGGUGGAGUUCCUCAGGACCCUCAACGGCAGCAAGUAUCACAACAUCUGGAUCGGCCUCACCAGGGACAGGAACUUUGGCUGGGGCUGGACGGAUAAGACCUCUGUGGGCUUCCUGAACUGGGCUCAGGGUGAACCCAACGAAGCCUUCCAUCCUGGUGAGGUGGCCGAGGAGAACUGUGUGGAGAUGUACCCCGACGGACACUGGAACGACAACAACUGCCUGCAGAAGAGAGGCUUCGCAUGUCGACACCGUCAGUUCUACUCAACCAAUGCCCAAGGAACUCCGAUUAUUCCCACCGACGGCCCACCGACCACCCCCGACGAUGGGGGGGUCAUAGCCGGCGCCAUCAUCGGAGCCGUGGUGAUGGUCGGCCUGGUGGUCGGACUGCUGUACUACGUCUUCAACGUCCGCGGAUACAAACUGAGCAGCUUGAACCUCCCACAGAGACCGACCAAUAACAGCAGAGUGGAGGUGCCCGCCUUCUCCAACCCCAACUUCCCCGGAGAGUCGGACACAUGAACCUGAAACGUCCUGCAGGUGUUGUACAGUUCAUCCACUGAGUCUGUUUUUGGAAUAAACCACUGAUAACGCUGGGCCUCAUUCACCAACUCCACCAUUCAACCUUCCAAAGUUUUUUUUUUAUUCAUGUGUUUUGAAAAACAGCCAAAGA